GUAACAACGCAUGCUCUUUUGUCCUCUUCUUCAGUCCUGCAAAACUAGCGAAGUACUUUAGACUCAUUGAUAAGUGAAGAGCGUUAGGAUUGUGUGUUAUAUCGUGUCACUAGACAUGCACGUGAAGAAACCAACAAUAGUAAAGCUGCUGCACAGCUCACGUUCUACAAAUUUCACAAAUGCUUAAAAUGAAAAUUUUCGCUAUCGUUUGUAAGAUUUUAUGUAACUGAGCAAUUUAUGUGCUGACGAAGAAAACCGAUUCCAGAAAGCGAUCCAGCGUCUGUCUCUUCCUUAUAAAUACAAAGAUUACACUGGUGUUGGAAGAAUUUCGACAUUCGUCAGUAAUCCUGAUUAGUUUCUUUACGGAUUAUCUUUCGUCUCUCCCAUGUUAUUAGAUUACACUGGUGUUGGAAGAAUUUCGACAUUCGUCAGUAAUCCUGAUUAGUUUGAAAUACAAAACAAGACAACCAUAUCUCCGUUAAAGCGUUUAUGUGAACAUAAUGAGGGAACAGCAAACGAUUUCUUUUGUGUUGCUGCAUCUGUUUGUUGUGUCAUGCAAAAGUCAGGCGAAUUUAGAUUUUGAUAACAUCCUUCCUGAAAACCCAAACGAUUAUGACAGACUUCAACCACCCAAGGAGAAUGGGGAGCCAACAGUCAUUAGUUUUCACGUGACUGUGUUGAGUCUGGAUUCUGUUAACGAAGGAGCAAUGACCUACGUGGCAGACAUUUUUAUGUCUCAGAGCUGGAAGGAUCAUCGACUAAGACUUCCAGAAAACAUGACUACCGAUUACCGACUUCUACCUGUCAGUUGGUUGAAAAGAAUGUGGAGACCGGACUCUUUCUUCAAGAACGCCAAGAAAGUCACUUUCCAAGAAAUGACCAUCCCCAACCACUACAUCUGGUUAUAUAAAGAUAAAACUAUUCUGUAUAUGGUCAAGUUGACCUUGUUGCUGUCCUGUGCUAUGAAAUUUGAAACUUAUCCACAUGACACCCAAGUAUGCUCAUUUGAAAUCGAAAGUCUCUCUUACACGACGGAUGACCUGGUGUUUGACUGGGAGGAUUAUAUUCCUUUAGUAGUAUAUGAUACGAUUGAGCUACCUCAGCAUAAUUUAGUAGACACCAAACUAGGAGACUGUACUCAGAUUUACUCAACAGGAAACUUUACGUGUAUUAAAGUAAUCUUCACGCUAAAACGUCGAGUGGGUUACUACAUGUUUCACACAUAUAUCCCAACCUGUUUAAUCGUCAUCAUGUCAUGGAUCUCAUUUUGGAUUAGACCAGAAGCUGUUGCUGCACGUGUUACUCUCUGUGUCACAAGCCUUUUGACGUUGUCUACCCAGCAUGCACAGUCGCAGAAGUCACUUCCACCUGUGUCAUAUAUUAAAGCAAUUGACAUUUUCAUGAUUUCCUGCACAGUGUUUGUAUUUGGUUCUUUAAUGGAAUAUGCCUUAGUUAACAUUCUAAUAGGGGAAGCAGAAGAUUCUACAAGGAAAAUAAAAUUGCCUAACGUCGUUGUAAUAGGCAAAGUUUCGGAAGAUGAACCCAGUGAAACUAGGAGGAAAGUAAGUUUUCCCAUUGCUCAACGUAGACGAGAACAAGCUUUGAUGAUUGAUAAAAUUUGCCGUAUAGCAUUUCCAUUGGUGUUUAUAAUAUUGAACAUCAUCUACUGGUCAGUAUUCCUAAAUUCCCCAUCCGAGCAGACUGUUGUCGUGGAUUAAAGAGAAGAAGAAGAACAACAACAAAACAAUUUUCUGCUGUUUGAAAGCAGAACUUUAAAAGUUGAAAUAUUAUCAAAUUUCAAAUUAUUGCGAUACUUUCUUUAUUUUUUUAUCCAGAGUAAAUUCACUCAAAAUUAAGUGUCCACAUAUAUAUUAUUACUAAGACAGUUUGAAACAUAUGAAGGUUUAUGAGCCUUGGAUUCUUAUAUGAUGGUAAAAGUUUAAACAAUAAUCUAUUUUGCUUUUGUUUUUAUAAAACAAGUAUUAUCAAAGGAAAAAAUUUAUACUUAAAUCAUACAUCAAGCUUUAGAUAUUGCAUGAGAAUGAAAAUAAGAUACCUUUUGCAUGAUAGAAAUAACCUAAUACAUUAUUGCAAUUUCCUUAAACAUCAUAACAACAA